UUUUUUCCCCCCGCUUUGCGUCCCAAUAUGUCUGUAUUUGGGUGUGGACCGGCUAUUUGCUAACUUGCGAUAGCAUCUCUUUUAGGCUCGAUCCCAAAUUAACCCCUGCUCCCUACAUAACCUGCACUUGCGUAUGGGGUGCAAUGAUGGCGCGCGCACCCUCCUGAGUGCACUACUUAUCCAGUGGCGCUCUGUUUGGGACACAGCCCUAGCUUGCUUUGCAGUGCUGAGCGCACAAACUACAUUUCUCAGCUGCAUGUUUAUUCGCUUUGACGCAGAUUAAAGGAUAAAACUCGGUUUCAGGUCCCGCAGUAUGUGAUGAGCCACCAGGACGCGUGGUCGUUGUUAUUUACGAGCUCCUUCUGAUUCCAGUGGAAUCUUCUUUUUGUGGUUGUUUUUGUUUAAUGAGACGAACACGGUCACGCCUUGGCUCGUACAUGUAGACCGUCCGGCGACGAUGCCCGUCCAAGCGCCGCAAUGGACCGAGUUCCUGUUGUGUCCCAUCUGCACGCAGACGUUCGAGGAGACGGUGCGGCGGCCCAUCAGCCUCGGCUGCGGCCACACCGUCUGCAAGAUGUGCCUGAACAAGCUGCACCGCAAGGCCUGCCCCUUCGACCAGACGGCCAUCAACACGGACAUCGAGCAGCUGCCCGUCAACUCGGCCCUGCUGCAGCUCGUCGGGGCUCAGGUGCCCAAACCGCAGCCUGUGGCGCUCAUUACCUGUCCGGAAGACACCAAGCAUUACGAUGAGGCGCGGCAGUGUGUGGAGGAGCUCGCCCUCUACCUCAAACCUCUCAGCAGUGCGAGAGGCGUGGGGUUGAGUAACGCGGCACAGAGCAUGCUCAGCAGACCCAUGCAGAGGAAACUGGUAACGCUGGUGCACUGCCAGCUGGUGGAGGAAGAGGGCCGGGUACGUGCCAUGCGUGCUGCUCGCUCGCUGGGAGAGCGCACCGUCACAGAGCUCAUCCUGCAGCACCAAAACCCACAGCAGCUCUCCUCCAACCUGUGGGCCGCCGUCCGCGCCAGGGGCUGCCAGUUUCUAGGGCCGGCCAUGCAGGAGGAGGCCUUGAAGCUGGUGCUGCUGGCUCUGGAGGACGGAUCUGCCCUGUCCAGGAAGGUGCUGGUGCUGUUUGUGGUGCAGCGUCUGGAGCCCAGAUUCCCGCAGGCCUCCAAAACCAGCAUUGGACACGUGGUUCAGCUGCUUUACCGCGCCUCCUGCUUUAAAGUGACCAAGAGAGACGAGGACUCGUCCCUGAUGCAGCUGAAAGAGGAGUUUCGAACGUACGAGGCUCUGCGGAGGGAGCACGACUCUCAGAUUGUCCAGAUCGCCAUGGAGGGAGGUCUGCGCAUCGCCCCUGACCAGUGGUCCUCUCUGCUCUACGGGGACCAGUCGCACAAGUCCCACAUGCAGUCCAUCAUCGACAAGUUGCAGACACCUGCGUCGUUUGCGCAGAGUGUGCAGGAGCUGACUAUAGCGCUACAGAGGACAGGCGACCCGGCUAACCUGAACCGGCUCAGACCUCAUUUAGAGCUGCUGGCCAACAUCGACCCCAGUCCAGAUGCUCCCCCUCCAACAUGGGAGCAGCUGGAGAAGGGCCUGGUAGCUGUGAAGACGGUGGUGCACGGACUGGUGGACUUCAUCCAGAACCACAGCAAGAAGGGCACGGAGCAGCAGCAGCCGCCGCAGCACAGCAAGUACAAAACCUACAUGUGCCGUGACAUGAAGCAGAAAGGAGGCUGCCCCCGCGGUGCCAGCUGCACCUUCGCCCACUCGCAGGAGGAGCUGGAGAAAUACCGUAAAAUGAACAAGCGCCUGGCUCCGAGACUUCCUUGUGGUCCCUCCCUGCUGCCCGAUGAAGGCGUUCCUCUAGAGGGCGUGACCCGUAAGCCCUCGCCUCUUACCAACGGCAUCGUGGCGCCAUGUCCACCACCAGCGCCGCAGCUUUUAGCACGUGGACACGAACCUUCAGCCUAUGAGCUCAUGCGCAAGCCCAAAAUGGACAGCCUGAGCGCUCCUGGAUCUCCCCCUGAUUCUUUGGAUAAGACUGGCCUGCCCCUGCCCCCCCACGCAGUCGCCCACCCGAGGGCCGAGCACCUGCCCGUGCCCAAGCAGAUUCCCGGAGUGCCCCGCGGUGCUCCGCCGCUCUACCCACAACAGCAGCCUGAGCUUUUCUAUCCGGAGGCCAGAGCGCCAUCAGGAGCGCAGUAUGAUGGCCAGUACUCUGCUGGUACCCCAUACCCCUACCAGCCGACUCAGUAUGUGCCGCCCCGCUACAUCCGUAACCCUCUGCCCUCGGGCGAUGCCCCGUACCAGGACCCCUACCCUGCUUAUGGCCCUGACCGCCAGUACCCACCUCCCCACCCCACGGCCCCGCCUUUCUCAGGCGUCAGUGCCCACCCUUACCCGCCCCCCUCUCACUAUGAUGCCCGCCGGCAUGGCCCGUACGCAGCGCCGCCCCCGCGCCACCCCCCUCAGCCCUUCGGCCCACCCCGAGACGAUCUGGUGCGCAUGAGCCCCGUGUCCUUGGAUGUGCCGCCCACUCCAGGCGCGCCCACCUCCCUCUACCACCCCGAGGCAGCAUCCCGAGAGAGAUAUCCUCCAGAGGGGUACUACCCCCCUGCACCACAUCUAGGCCAAAUCAGGUCCCAUAUCAGGGACCCGUAUGGCCGCUCCCAGCCCAGCCUGGACUACCUGCACCGCAGGCGUAAGGAGCUGCUGAACCAGCUAGAGGAGAGAAAAGUCAUUUCUCCUCCACCAUUCGCUGCCUCCCCGACUCUGCCCUCUCACACCUUCCCCAACGACUACCCUCAGGAGGCACAGUACAUAGAGGACGGCGCCAAAGCUUUUGGCACCCGAGAAGCCGACUACGCCGGGCAGUACUCGCCAUGGUCAUGCGACACCAUCGGCUCAUACAUCGGCUCCAAAGAUCCCAAACCGAAAGACGGUGUGGCCGCUGGAGCAGUGGAAAUGAUGAACAUGGAGGGAAAGAGUCUGAGGGAGCCGCCUCUGGACGGACAGCGGCGCUCAGCAGAAGCCAAAGACGAUGAUCCCAUCAUUCCGUUCGGCCCUCUGCCCACGGUGUCGCCAUUUGGCGCCAUUUCCCGCACGUCUAAAACGGGCUACCAGACCACGGGCCCUGUGCAGGCCAUGGCGUCCUCGCAGGCCUCUGGCUCCAAACCCAUCACCAUGGCAGCUGACUACUCAUACGGAAACCAUGGUGGCAGUUGGGGCAGUGCGUCUUACCCUCAGCACCAGAGUAUCGCCUCUCCGGGCCACUUCAGCGAGCGGCUGCCUGUGUCCACCCCCGAUCGCGAGCAGCUGAAGAUGGAGCUCCAGCAAGUCAACCAGCAGAUCAGUCAGCAGACGCAGAUCCGCAGCAUGGAGGCCGCGAGUAACUCCAUGCUGCUGCAGCGAGAGGCCAGCGCUCUGAACGCUCAGCCUCCAGCUGCUAAAUGGCCUGUGGGGGGCGCCGUGUCGAGCGAGCAGCUCAGCCUCGAGCUUCACCACGUCGAGAGGGAAAUUGGGAAGAGGACGCGUGAAAUUGCUCUGGAGAACCAGGCGGCACAGGAAUUCCAAUACAAACUAAAGGCCACUGAAAACGGCCAGAGUGACCAUAAAGCCCAACUGGAGGAGCUCUCUUUAGGCAGCGUCUCGAACGGCGUAAGCAGCAUCGUGCCAGCCAGCAGCGUCGGGGGAUCCGUGUUGUCUCUGACCAAUAAGACGUCUUCGCUCACCCUUUGCUCCGGAGACCAAGCGGGAAGCGGAUCAGAGCUCCAAAAGAACGGUGUCGUUCAUUCUUAAGAGCGGCCGUAACCCCACACACACACACACACACACACACACACACACACACACACACACACACACACAAACAUACACAAACAUACACACACACACAGCUCUGUUUGAGCUUUUCAGUCAAAAGCGUUAAGACGUGUUAACUGAUUUGAAAAGAAAUACGCCAAUAUGAGGGACACACACACACACACACACACACGUGCGUGCGCGCGCGCACACACCUGCAUGCUGUUACAUGCAUGCACAAAACACUUGUUUUAUUUUAGAAAAAGAAAUGAGCAGUAUCUGCCGUGAUUAUGAAUCUUUUUUCCUUUUUGUUCUGUGAAUGAGCUUUUGUUUUUGUUUUAAACGACUUCUCAUCGCCUGGAAACCAGGGCAUCUGAUUAUCCUGAUUAUUUUUUUUUCUCCUCUGCAUUUUUUUUUUUUUUUUUUUUUUUUUUUUUUUUUUAAAUUAACGCGACAAAUCUGCGGCAUAGGAAAAGAAAAGCGAGCCGACUCUGUAGCAUCUUACAACCGGUAAUCUUAAAAACUCCCAGAAAUCUGUGCAGCCUUGAAUAUGACGUGACGGACCAGACACAAAAGUAGCACGGAAAGCCUUUUAUCUGUCCAUUUUGUAUGGAGCGUCACUGCAGCUUUCCCCACAAGGUGUAACCGACACGGUGGCGAAUCGAUUAGAAAAAAAAUAAUAAUCAAGCCGGAGCUGCAGCUUCGGCGAACACGAGGGUUCGAGAUAACGGAAUCAAUCGUACGAUUUCAUUUAAUUUAUGGUUUUGGCUAUAGAACUGUUCAGAAUUUGUAAGUCGGGUGUCUAGAGCAUUCUGUUUUAUAGAAUGCGUGCAAAUGUCUUUAAAAAAAAAAAAAAAACACACACAAGCACUUUCUUCCAUGUUUUUCUAUGAGCGUGUACUUUUUUAUUCGAGGAAGAACGUCUUUUUUGAUCCUCGUGUUCGCCGGAGUCGCAGCGCCGUGGGUCCGGGGCGAAACGUUCUGCUUUUUGACUCCCAGCGCCACUUGUGCGUGUGCGUGUGUGUCACGUGGAUCGCGGCCUCGUUCACAAAUUCCCGUCAAUUCUCCCUGACUUCUGUGAAGUUGCUUACGUGGGUUUUCUGGUCACGUUCGCAUAUUCAGGUCAAGUUGCUGCACAGGAACGAGGAAACGACGCUCGAACGCAUCAACACUCGAGAAAAGCAAAACGCCCACGGCGAUCCUAAGACUUUUCCGACGGGCGUUUAGAUGAAACAAGAUCAACGUUUAAAAUAGAUUAGGCUUGUAAUCGAGCUCCUCACAACCUCGCCGGUUUGUUUCGAAUCGAUUUACCGCAGCAACGUUUACUUGAGCUUAUCACCUCGCUUCGAUGUAAUUGUGUGUUUUUGCACAUAAUAAUAUUCAGCUGAAUAUUCAAACAAAAAAGAUAAGGAUGCCCCUGAAAACGGAUCAAGACACGGACAAGCUCUGAAGUCUUCCUAUAGUGAUGACAUUCUUCACGUGCAACAUUUCCUUCUAGUCUCUUGAGACCGACUAUGAUAUUAAGCUCCAGUUUUGGGUGCAACCUCUUAAAGUGUAAACUUUUUGUCUUGAUUACUUUGUGCUCUAGUUGUCGUGAUUACUAUUAUAUUAAUGAUUUAAAGUCAUAGUCUUUUUUUCUUUCUUUCUUUUUUUUUUUUUUUAAAUUAUUAUUCUUAUUAUGAUUUUGCUCGAGAAGAGCAUGCAGCUUUUUCCAAGCAAUCGUCAAGAUUGGACUCGAGCCGCGUAGCCGUGCAGAGACGGAGCGGACGUUUUGUAAAUGAAGUUUUGAGGGUUUCGUGUGUUUCUUGUGCUAGACAAGCAUCCGCUUGCAAAUAGUCGUCCUAGACGUGGAAAAAAUCUCGCUAAUCCAAAUAAUCGGCUUGCUUCCAGAUGGAAAGGCAGCCUUCUUUGUCGUAAUGGUCACUUUUUGCAUUAUAUAAACAUUUGAGGUUUUUGAAAUGAUGCUAAUUUCUUUUGUCCUUGAUUAAGGUCCACUUAUGCUGUUCGCACAGUCGAAAACUUUGCCGCAGUCCAAGAAUUGCUCGUGUGUUGUACAUCCACACAGGUGCCAACAUUGCUAGCAAGAGAAUCUAAGCAGGCAGGAAGAACAAACUGAAUUUGCAGGAAGUGAAAUUAACUGCUGAACGCAUGUCUUUUACAUCCGACGUCCUUUCCCCUUCUGUGAUUUGCCUUUUCCACCGAUGUUUGGUUUGAGCAGAAGUUUUCAGCUGUCUCCCAUAUCGCUGUAACAAAGGGUCAAAAAUAUUUAAAAAUAUAUACUGCUUGAGUGAAGCAACAGAAAAGCAUUUGCCGUAUCGUUGGGAAGCGCAAGUCCGUAUCUCAUCAGUUAUGCACCGAGUCCAAGAGAGCAAAACUGGGCGUGAGUAACGGUGUUACGGACAACCGCAGUGACAUUAGCCAAUCGUGAGCUGGUUUAAGCUCCUGUAUGUGGAAGAGGGCAGAUAGCGCAAACUUCCAGGCUGGUGGCCGUCAUGUUACAGAACUAGCGAGUGGGUGGGAAUUGGCAAAAAUGAUCAAAUUAGGAGAAAAUUGUGGAUUUCACUCAAGCUGUAGACGUUGGCACCUCUGAAUCCAGAAUAGCUACAAACCUCUGAAAUGUCGUGACAGUUUUUCUGGUCACAAACACUGAGCCUGUCAAAAUUCAUUUCAUGUUCAAAGUCCAACCAAAAUGUUCUGGAAGGACAAACCUUUAAAGCCUAUAGCUGAUUAAAAAAGAAUCAAUCUUGGAUUUAUAAGCUUUAGCGGUUAAAACAUGCUAGUAUUUAAAUAAGCAGACUGAAUCCUUCUGAGUGGAUGUUUAGAAAGACACACAGGAUUUUUAAAAUUUCUGAGUUUUCUUCGUUGUUUGGUGACCAAUCAAAGCAAAGCCAGCUCUAUCGACAAACUCCUUCAAGCUAACGUUGGCUAACUGUGCAGGAGAGAUGAUGGAUGUCUGUAGACAAGAUGGAUGAGAAAUAGGAAACUAGCAUCUUGUAAUCUUUAGCGUAAAAUAAUCGUUGAAGAAAUUUACUGAAAAGAAAUGUAUGAAAAUAAUCCUAGGUCACAUCACGUACCUGCCUCCUGGGUUGUCGUCUUUUUGAUUUGUCGCCUGAUUGAACAAACAUGAUCGUUUUUUUUGUUUUUUUUUCGUGUGUGUGGAAGGAAGCCAGUGUUUUCUACUGCGGCGAACUCGUUCUUUUUUCCAUGUGACAUUCGCCAAAAUGAAACCGAACGAAGCGUUUUGGAUUCUCUCACACAUGCUCUUGGCAUAGCUUAACAUGUUAGAUGUUCGAGCAUACAAGUGUGAGGAAUUUAUUUUUUUUCUUUCCCCUCCAGCAUGAUGUGACCAUGAGGGGCGCAUAGCUAGAUAGCUAGGAUGCUAAUUUUAUUUAGAUUAUUUGGGAACGUGCGAUAAGUAUUUAAGAUUAAUCAGUAAUGGAUGUUUUCCUUUUCUGUUUUUUUUUUUUUUUGUACAUUUUAAUAAUCAGUGAGUUCAUAACUCUUGGAUCUUUCUUUUUUUUUUUUUUUUUUUCUUUUUGUGUGUUUUACAGAUGAAAUCAUGUCGACCCUCCGUGUUCAUCCACUAAAUAUAAGUGGCAUAAGACUCAUUUAUAUAAGAAAAGUUUUGUGCAUGAUGUUUUUCUUUCCUGGAGCAGAGGAGUCACAGUGUAAAUGUGGCGUUCUUUGCGAGCAGGCCUGUUCCUAAUGGAUGAUAUUCAUUUCUCUAUGCGGAUCGUGUCUGUUUUGAGCGGACCUGUAGCACUCGUUUAAACGAUAAAGGUGAAUUAACUCGUUUUUGAACCUUAACACUGUUAUGGCUGUGUCUAUAUAAUUUCUUUUUCUUUUUAUUCCUAACUUUUUUGGGAAAAACAAAAAAAUGUACUGGCUUUUUUAUGAUUACUUCUGAGUCGUCUUGUUUAAAAACAGAAAGAAAAAAAAAAAAACCUCUUAAAUUAAGGUACAGGCUUGAUUUCAAACAAGGAAAGGUUUUAUAUAUAAACUUUAGAUUAUACUCCAUUAAGGAAUGUUUAGAACCAUCUUACUCCAAUGUGGAUGUAGCCAUUAUUACGCCAUUUUAUGACUUUGUAAAACAAAUUCACUGUGUGAAAAUUGGUUUGCAUUUUUUGUAUAAUACAAUCUGCUCUUUGUUUUUGUUUGAGAGGUGAAACUGGAAGUGUGGAGGAGGAAAAAACCCUGUGCUAUUAAAAAAAAAAAGAAAAAAAAAAAAGAAC